AAUCCGCAACAAAUUGAACAUCGAUACCUCCACAAGGAGAGGAGACGUCCGUGCAUAGCAUAGCCAUUUCAUUUUUACAAACUGCCGAUAUUCAAUACCAACAUAUAGCCCAGUGCCGGCCCAAAGCAUCAUAGAACAUUGAGAUUCUAUUCGAUAGACAAAUCCUAGUAGAAGACGUCAAAAUCACAAGAAUCAUCUAUCAUCCCCGAGUAUGUCACAAUCCGAAUCAAGGCGUGAAAAUUUACGCCAACGACGUUCUCAGAUACUACAAGAUAAGAAAGAAGAUGCCAGAAUCCAACUUGUUAUCCAGGAUAGCAUCGGAAAGAACCAAUUUUCGAAGCACUUGAUGAAGACGUUUCUUGUAAUUAUUACGGCCCUUUUCUGCACCAUCGCCGCAGUCCUCAACCACACUAGGCCAAGGUUCCUAGAACGAUUCUGGAAGCAACCUGUACGUCCCUUUCAUUUAGCAACAAGGUAUCCAAAGAACAUAAUUCUGGACCGAGAUUUGCCUCGAUUCUUUGGUCAUUAUUCGAUUGCUACUCCCGAGAACCUUUUGGCCAGACAGGCCGUGCAAAAGGUACUGCGGAGUCGCAAAAAACUGAGGUCGCAAGCAGGUCCGAUAAAAUCGACUUUGAAGGCCUGGGAUGAUUCAAACGUAGAACAAUUGUUAAAACAAGGUAUUUGUGGAGACGAAUUCGAGCUGGCAUACCGUAGAGAAAGCACCCAUCAGGGAGAAAACGGUUUGUUGAUGUGGUGUCUUCUGGCGUCGCAGGUUACGGAAGGAUUCUUCACAGAAUCGGUAGAAAUCUUGGAUUCUAUUCUCGAGCUAACUCGAAACCGUGGUAUCGUUGUGCGAAAACAGCCGGCAAGAGGGAUAGUAGAUGGGUAUGAUGCGCUUUCGACGACAUUUUACUUGCAUCCUCGCACCAAUCAUGAUAAGGUCAACUGGAUACCCACGAAGAUGUUAUCUAUGUUUAUUUCAAGUUCAAACGACGAAAGAGUGGACGAUAAUAAUGAGCUAGCUCAACGAAUGUUGUACGAAUUGGUCGUGAACCAAGGGAAUGAGGAGGAAUAUUUGAUUUUGGAAGAAAUCUGUCAAGAAACACCACCGAAGAGAUCCAUAGCAUUUGAUACGACGGAGGAUCCUAACGGCUGCUAUUUUGUUGUCCCAAACAAAUAUGGAGGAAUUUUUGGGCCCGAAGAGGAUGAAUGAAACCAGGACCAACUCAAGGAGGAAGAGACGAUCUAGUCUUUUCCAUGGGAAAUCCAAUUUUGUUUCAACGAAUUAUUCGAAAGAUUGACAAGUUGCAUUGUUGCCUUCGCACUGCCAAACACCAAACAAAGUAUCCAUAUCUUAGUGGUAGCUGACAAUGUAGAGUGUUGCUUGUUGUGUUACGCCUGCGAAAAUGUAGUUGAGCCGUUUAAAACGCUGCCAGAAUAAAAAAUUCGUAAUGCUAUAGUAUUGUUGUCAAGUUUUGUAUGUUCUCGUGACAGUAGACAACGUAACUGCUCAUGAUCAUUCUUCAAUGUCCAUGCAUAAAAAUUCAUUAUGCAUCAAUGCCUGGCACGAAGAGCUCCAAACCGUUCCCUCUUGCGGUUCUCUCUCGAUAAAGUCAUCCGAGACGACUUUCAGUAUCUAUUAAAGCGCAUUGCUGUGCACAUGCGAUAUUGUGUUGCUGAUGUUCCAAACUCAGUUGCAUGCCUCCUGAAACGAAUGAGUAGAUUUUCAUAGACAAUAAAGUUUGUUAGGCCUGAGAAAGCAAAAAAAACAUGCGUGUGUCGUUCUAAGAAACUCAAGACUCUCCAUGCUUCGUCAACAUACGGAGAGAACCAUCUUCGACUUUUUGUGCAUCCAUCAACUGGCGGCAACCCAAUUAGGAACAUACCACCUUGCGUCUCCAGUUAUCGGCAUCGGGAUCAAAGAUGAAGUUCAUUUCGUUCGUGAAUCCAAGGUCGAAUAUGAGCAAGAAGGCCAUGAUGGAAAGAACGGACAACCAUUGCAGCCACAUGACUCCUCCAGUUCCCUGGUGAUACGUCGCGAACGUUAAGAACGUAAGCAAGAUCAUAAUGAUCACUUGAAGUUUUUGGCGGAGGAUCAUGGUUGUAUUGUUUUCUAUUGCACGGGAUGGGGGUCACUGAUAGGUUCCUCUAGUUGAAGGAGGGACGAAGAGCUGGAGCUACUAUCGCGACAACAAAGGAUAGAUGUAAGC